UCACGCAUGCCAUCUCCCUGCAUGUGGCCAGCCCCCUGGCCCCUGCCCGGCCCUGCCGGGCCCGCGCGUCCCCUCUGGCCGCAGCUGUCUAUGGCGCAGCCCCCCUCCCUGGAUCAUGCACAGAAACUUUCGCAAGUGGAUUUUCUACGUGUUUCUCUGCUUUGGCGUCCUGUACGUGAAGCUCGGGAUUUUAUCCUGGAACAUUACAGUGAAGAUGGCUAUUUAUAUGAAGAUGAAAUCGCAGAUCUUAUGGAUCUGAGACAAGCUUGUCGGACGCCCAGCUGGGAUGAGGCCAGGGUGGAACUGCUGAUGACAUACUUCAUCCAGCUGGGCUUUGUCGAGAGUCAAUUCUUCCCGCCCACGUGGCAGAUGGGACUCCUGUUCACCUGGAUCCAUGAAUUAUGGCUAUGGGAGAAACAGUACCAUAUAUUGGAUGCUGGUUCAGAGCAUACACAGCCUUCUGGAGAGCUUUGCCCCAGGCCUGCAAAGUAUUGGAGCCUAGUUGGCAUUGUAAUUGUGACUGCAAAAGGCCAUUCCAUUUUUCUAUCAAUCCAGCUGCUUCAGGAUGAUGGGGAACAUGGUAAGACAAGUGAAUCCCAUGAGCAUGAGCCCACUGGCACACGUCUUUAGCCGUAAAAGGAGUGCCUUGGUCAGAGGCAAUGCUAUGUGGAAUACUGUGACAGUGGAUAAGGCAUUCCAUGAGUCCACAGAUGUAGUCUUGGCAGAAGCAUUACAUGCAGGAUAGGCAAACCCAUAUCUGGAGUAAGUGUCUAUUUCAGUGAGGACAAACCUCUGCCCUUUCCAGGAUGGAAGAGGUCCAAUAUAAUCCAAGAGACACAGAGCCAAACCAGAUCAUGCCACCCCAGCCCCUCCCAAAUCUCAUGUCCUCUUUGCAUUUCAAAACCAAUCAUGCCUUCCAAACAGUACCCCAACAUCUUAACUCAUGUCAGCAUUAACUCAAAAGUCCAAGUCCAAAGUCACAUUGGAGACAAGGCAAGUCCCUUCCAUCUAAGAACCUGUAAAAUGAAAAACAAGUCAGUUACUUCCAAGAAACAAUGGGGGUACAGGCAUUAGAUAAAUGCUGCCAUUUCAGAUGGGAGAAAUGUGUGAGAAACAUGUUCUGAGGGGGGCAUAUUCCUCAGUGCAAGAACCUCUGUCCACAAACUUUCAUAAAUAGAGCAAGGCAUGCAUGUCCAGAAGCAGGAUUAGGGCAUGGAA